AUGGACUUGUUCAAUCAUUUAAAUAUUCCGGCUAAUACUGAUAGGCAACAACGCCAAACCUUGCAAUCACUACAAAGUGCCGCCAAACGUGCGGGGACUUCAUGUGCGAACUGCAAAACCACAACGACAACCCUUUGGCGGCGGAAUGCCAGCGGUGAACCAGUGUGCAAUGCCUGUGGGCUCUACUAUAAAUUACACAAUGUAAAUCGUCCACUGACUAUGAAAAAGGAAGGCAUACAGACACGAAAUCGUAAGCUCUCAUCAAAAUCGAAAAAGAAGAAAGGCCUCGGCGGAGCUUGUUUGCCUAUUGGCAGUCAUUUGGGUAUGGGUGAUUUCAAACCAUUGGAUCCAUCAAAAGGUUUUGGUGGCGGCUUCUCAGCAUCAAUGGCACAACAUGGCCAUCUUUCCAGCGGCUUACAUCCUGCACAUGCGCAUAUGCACGGCGGCUGGUAUACCGGCGGCAUGGGCGCUUUGGGUGCUUCAAGUGGUUUGCAAGGUGGUUUCUCUACAGCUGGUUCAUUGGGUGGUGGUGUUGUGCCACACUCACAGCCUUAUCAUUUAGGUUUGGGAUCGAUGGGCACAUGGCGUACAGACUAUACGUGAUGGAGCGGGAACAAUUUGAAUAAUAAUAUAUUCAACUGAAACAUAUUUUAUUUAUUAAACAAAUUAAAUACAAAACAAGAAGCAACAUAUGAGCUAUGAAUAAAGCAAAAUUCUGUUCGAAAAUUCGCCAAAACAAUAAUUAACUAGAAACCAGUGACAAACAACAACAAUAGAAAGAACAACAAAGAAAUACAACCAUGUAUGUGCGAUGCAAAGAAGAAGAAAAUGAAUAAUUAUUUGCGUAGAAUAAAUAUACGCCUCUGUUAACAACAACAACAACAACAACAACAACAACAAUCGGUGUACCACAUAACAAGUGCAGUCAAAAUAUUUGUUAAAAUUUUGCAAAAUCCUUAAGUGAUCGGCUUAGAUUUUUUGUGAGCUAAAUGCUGUGGGCGUUAUGUUACGGUUUAACUGAUAUAUCCUGGAUUAUCCUGUCGCCGCCGUUACUAAUAGCUGCCGUUGAAGUACCGCUCUCCAUAACAAAUCUGAACAAGUAAUAUAUUGCAAAAUUAGCUGCUGGAGGUGUAGAGCUGCAGUUACUGUGUAUUUUGGUUUAGUUUAGUUUGAGUAAAUAAGAGAUCAUCAUUAAACUGUCUGCCAACAUAGUAUUUGCUUGAUUGUGCAUUAAAUUAAACAAUUCCCAAAUCUUUACUUAUUUUUAAAUAUUUUGAAGUUUUUUUUUUUCAUUCUUUCUUUCUUUCCAACGAUAAUUAUUUUCACCUUUGGUUUUGUGUGUAGUUGACCACAACAUUGUUCAACACUUAAUGACUCUUUGUUCUUUUAUACUAUUUUGGUCUUACCUUUGUAUUUCUUAUUUUACUUUACCAUAAUUUAGGAUUGUUUUGUGGUAUUAGAAUGUCUAGCAAAGGAUUAAUUGCAAGAGAAAAUAUAUUUUGACGCCAUUUAAAUAGGCACUUGAGGGCAUAUUAGUUUAUGCAAAUAAGUAGGGUAAAUAAAAAACUUUUAUUUAUUUUUUUUGUUUUUUUUUUUUGGAUAUAAAAUAAUUUUA